GGGAUGAUGGCGUGGAUCUCUCAGGGUCUGGAGAAAGUUGUUCCUCAGCCAGAUCUGAAUAAGAAAGAAACAGCUGAGCUGGCCAUCGAGGUGCAUCAACCAGCUGCAAAAGAGCCCCAGAUCACCGUGGUGGAGGUGGAAUCAGAUCGAGAAGAUCAAACCGACAACAGACCACUGCCCCCCAGGGUGAUAGAGUGGAUCAAACACGGUCUGGAGAACAUGGUUCCUCAGCCAGAGAUUCACGUUCGCUCAAAGACAGAAAUCAACAAGAAGCCUGAAGCUCCUGCUGCAGCUACAGCGGAGACUCCGGCACCAAAACCUCCUCCAGCCCCAAAACCCUCUGCUGACGCUGACAAUAUUAUGGGAUGGAUCGGCCGCAUGUUGCCCCAGCCUGCUCACACACAGGAGCCCGGCGGUGACGAGGUGCAGAACAUCCGCAUCGUCCAGGGGCAGACGGACAUGGUGCUGGAGGACGUUGGACACAACGAGGACAAAACCAUCGCGCAGAAGGAGGCAAGAGAGGAGUCCCAGGACAACGAGAAUCUGAGAGGAGAGGCAAAGACCCGGAUCGAUCCAAGCGCUCCUAGGAUGGACAUCGAGAAGGAAGCUGGAGAAUCGGUUCACGCUCACGUGGAAGAAAGACUGCACCAGGAUCCUCUCGAGGCGGCCCGCAACGCAGAGGAGAUGGCCCGGAAGGCCGCGGAGGAGGCCGCGCGACAGCUGGAGGUCCAGCAUUUGGCUAUGAUCGUCACGGAAACGCUGCCAGACUCCAGCGAGCUGACCCUGGUGGACAUCGGUCCGGCUGAAGACGAGACCACCAGCACGGCCUUAUCAACAAAUGCCGAGACCCCAUCGGACAGGAGAGACCUGGAGAGUCCGGUCCCCCAAACCAUCACCCAGCAACCACAGUCACAGGCUCCAAUCACCUCCACAGGUCCAGAUCAGGUCCAACAGGGGACCGGCAGGAAGGAGGAACUGCAAGUAGAAAGUGAAGAGGCCAAUGCAGAAGAAGAAGGUGGAUGUGGAGGGAGGGGUGGGCCAGGUUUGGGUGAAGCUCCGGUGCUGAAGGUGGAGGAUGUGGAUCAGGACGUGGAGCAGCAACCAAAAGGCGUGAACAUUCCCCAAAUUAUCACCAGCACGGAACCGGAGUGCGGCCCUGCGAGUGGGCUGUCAACACUCAGAGCUGCAGAGGAAGAAGCCGAUGUUACUCUGAAGUCCAGUCAGGAAGACCUGCUGACUGCAGACAGCGAGAGGCCUCUGUCUGCGGCCAGCGGCGGCAUCCCAGUCCAGGAGCGUCUGGGCCAGCUGGUCCGGCUGUUCAGAGGCAGAUCAGAGCUCCGGAGAGACCGGCUCGUGGACCCAGAUGAGUCCGAGGAGGAAAGUCCUUCAGCCUCCCCGAGCAAAGCUGCUCCUCCUCCUCCUCCUCCUCCUCCUCCUCCUCCUCCUCCAGAAGAGAAGAAGGACGACGCACCUGCAGAAGGAGAAGAAGAAGAAGAAGAAGAAGAGGAGGAAAAGAAGGAAAUCGUCCUCCCCUUUCAAAUUUUGGGACGCCCAGUCGUGUUUCCCAGACCGCCCAAACUCCCCAAACUACCCCCGAUGCCGGACUGGCUCCGAGCCGUCGUGGAGUACCGCUUCCCCUCCAGCAUCGACCCUUUCACCGAUCUGAUCUACGUGAUGUGGUUGUUCUGUGUUGUGGCGGCGUGGAACUGGAACGUGUGGUUGAUCCCCGUCCGCUGGGCGUUCCCCUACCAGACCCCCGAAAACCUCCACCUGUGGCUGCUGAUGGACUACACCUGCGACUUCAUCUACAUCCUGGACAUCCUCGUCUUCCAGCCCCGACUGCAGUUCGUCCGCGGAGGAGACAUCGUGGUACGUGGCAUCAGCAAGAAUUCAAAAAAAGACAAAUCUGUCGUUUGGAUGGACGUCAUCAGUCUGGUUCCCAUGGAGAUAUUUUACUUUUUCACCGGCGUGAACUCUCUGCUGCGGUUCCCUCGUCUGCUGAAGUACGUCACCUUCUUUGAGUUCAACGACCGGAUGGAAGCUGUGAUGAAGAAAGCGUACAUCUACAGGGUGAUCCGAACGUCCUCUUACCUGCUGUACUCGCUGCACAUCAACGCCUGUCUCUUCUACUGGGGCUCGGCCUACGAGGGUCUGGGAUCCACCAAGUGGGUCUACGACGGAAAGGGGAACGCUUAUAUCCGCUGCUACUACUUUGCGGUGAAGACUCUGAUCACCAUCGGGGGACUCCCCGACCCCUCCACCGUCUUCGAGAUCUGCUUCCAGCUCCUCAACUACUUCGUUGGCGUCUUCGCGUUCUCGAUCAUGAUUGGUCAGAUGCGGGACGUGGUGGGUGCAGCGACCGCCGGGGAGAACUACUACCGCGCCUGCAUGGACAGCACCAUCAAGUACAUGAACAACUACCACAUCCCCCGGGACGUCCAGAACCGCAUCAAGACCUGGUACGACUACACCUGGAAGAGCCAGGGCAUGCUGGAUGAACAGGAGUUGCUGGUGCAACUUCCCACCAAGAUGAGGCUGGACAUGGCCGUGGACGUCAACUACAGCAUCAUCAGCAAGGUCGCCCUGUUCCAGAAAACCAGCAGCGAGUACGAGUACGUUGGCUUUAAAUGA